UGUUCUCUGAUCAAACAUGGUGAUUUUCCUCUAUUUGUUGAAAUUCUGGGCGCAUGUUUGUUUCGAGGUACGAGUUGGAGAUGAGGUGGCAUUUCCAAUUUAGUAAGUGGACAGUCCCUUUGUGUUUUCCCGGCAGCUGUAAAACCAUUUGGAGAGCAACUGGGCCGUCACCGUGUGACAGUUUAUUGCUCCCAUUUUGGAUCAAGACCAGAGGAUCUGCUGACUAAAGAGCUGCAGUCACUGAACUUUUACAAUCCAAAGAGCUCGGCUUUCUGAUAUUUUUCAUGCCAAAUGGCUUGCACAUGACAGACACAUCGGUUCAAAUGAGAGGAUGUAGAAUUUCCUGCUGCAGGUGCAUCAAUAGUCUUCACUUUUAAACAAAAACAGCAUCAAUGUUCAGCCUGGAAAUGACCAAUCUCAUCACACCAAACCUGCUAAUUUAACUUAAAGAGAAGCCUCACACACAUUCUGAGGCAUCAUUUUUCCAGAUGCUCCUCUGUAUUGCUUGUAUAUGAUGAAUGAUGGUCAUGACGGGAGCAGCUGUGUGCAGCCCUGCCACGCCUCAGACGCUGGUGUUGUCUGCCAUCGAUUAUCUCCUCCAGUGGCGGGAUUAAUGGGAAUCGUAGUGUAAUGCUUGACGUCUCUGCUCCUGUCCAGUGUCCCCUCCAUCAGAGUGUGACGGGGACGGGCUCCCCACCGGCUACGGAUCCAGGGACUCCAUCCUCAGACCUGGAGCCAAGAGGGAGUGGAAGCGGCGAAGGCGUGGGCACCUAAAGCGGAUUGACAGCUGCAGCAGCUGGGAUCCAGACCAGGCUGCAGCCGAGGCCGACAGGGAGAAGCAGCAGCAGCAGCAGCAGCAGCAGCAGCAGCAGCAGCAGGAACAGGAGCAGUCUGUGUUUGGCCUGACUGGAGGUGCAGCCAUGCGCUGCUCCACCCUGCUCGCCAUCUUCACCGGGGUGCUCCUCUACUUGGUGCUGGGAGCCGUGGUGUUCCGCGCCCUGGAGGCUCCGUGGGAGGAGGGGAAGCACAUGCAGCUGCAGGACGCACGCCGGGACUUCCUGCUCAACUUCUCCUGUGUCAGCCCGGACAACCUGCAGGCCCUCAUAGAGGAAGUGUCGGACGCCCUGGGCGCCGGAGUGGACCCCAACAGCAACAUCACCUUCGUUAGCAAGUGGGAUCUGGCCAGCGCCUUUUUCUUCUCAGGGACCAUCAUCACAACCAUCGGGUUUGGAAACAUCUCCCCCAAGACGGAAGGAGGGCAGCUGUUCUGCAUUUUCUACACUCUCGUGGGAAUCCCGAUGUUUGGCUUCUUGCUUGCCGGAGUGGGAGAUCAUCUGGGAACCGGACUGCGGAAAACUGUGCUCAAGAUCGAGAAACUGUUGAUGAAAUGGCGGGUCAGCCCCACCAUCGUGCGCGUGAUCUCGGCCGUCCUGUCCAUCCUGCUGGGCUGCCUGCUCUUUGUCGCCGUGCCCAUCCUGGUUUUCCAGGAGGUGGAGAGCUGGAGCAUGCUGGAGUCGGCCUACUUUGUGGUCAUCACCUUAACCACGGUGGGGUUUGGCGACUAUGUAGCAGGGGACUCUGGGUUUGCUGGGAGCGAUCACUGGUACAAGCCUCUGGUGUGGUUCUGGAUCCUGCUGGGCCUGGCGUACUUCGCGUCCAUCCUGACGAUGAUCGGUAACUGGCUGCGGGUGUUUUUCAAGAAGACCAGAGCGGAGAUGGAAGAACUGCGAGCCCACGCCACCGACUGGACCCAGAACAUCCAGAACAUGUCGGUGGACUUUCGCAUCGCGGGGAAAAUCGAUGACCCCUUCAAACGCCAUCGGCGAAAGCACCGCCACCGCCACCGCAAGCACGGCCACAGCGUCACGGCCAACGGGGGCCCCGAGGAGAACGUGAAAGGCCAGGAGAGUCACACGGAGUCCGGAUCUUACUCUUCGUCCUCCGCCUCGUCCUCCUCGUCAUCGAACGAAUCGGGAUCUGCGUCGGAGACGGAUUCUCAGGUCACUCAGACGGAGCGAGUGGCCGAGGAGAAAAACGCAGAGCUGAAGAAGGAGGAGGAGGAGAAGGAGGCGGCCCCUCCGGACGCCCACCUGUCUCAGCCCCUGGACUACUUCGGGGAGAACCUGGCCUUUAUCGACGAGUCGUCGGACACUCAGAGUGCCAAACUGCAUUUGGAUCCGCUGCUGGACUCGACGCAACCCAACCCUCGCCCGCCGAAGAGAAGACGCAACAGGAGGCCGGUCCCACAGAGGAGCCCCAAGGUCCUCAGCUCCAAGGAGAGGAAGGCGCCCAGCGGAGACCCCAAACCGCUCCCCGAUGUACCGCUGAAGCUUUAAGACUGGAGCCGAUCGCAGAAACUUCAACUCCUUCGUCCCGGGAUUGAAAAGUGCUGCAAACUAUUCCUGCUGGAUCUCUGUCUGUCUUCACGUAAAGGGCACAGCGGAGGGUUUACACUGUGCACAAUUCAGACUUUAAGAUAUCUUACACCAAACACGGGACGGGUAUAUCAGAAUAAUGACUGAAUGUGAGAAGAAAGCACUAAUGAGACAGGCGGUGUGUGAUGCCUUGGUACUUAAAAGAAGGGAAGCAGAGCAGGAACUCGAUCACUUAAGUGUCUUUUAGUGGUGCAACACUUUUUUUUUUUUUUGCUGUAGCAAAGAGCGGUGUAGAUCAGUGUGGAACAGUCUUCUCUGGCACCAGAGCAGCAGGAAACAUCUCCCCAGCAUGAUUCUCUUCUUUGAUAUUUGAGCAAAAAACAUGAAAAAAGAAAACACUCUGGUAGAGCUACAAUGCACAUUUUUUUAAUUUAAUUUAUUAGAAUAUUUAUUUGACACAGUGAUAAGCUCAGCUUUCAUUGCAAAACCAUUAAUGUAACAGACUAUUUCUAAAAACUCAGCGGUAUCUAAGGAUAAAUUAGAUUUUAAGGCUGUUACCAAUAUCUUACAGUGUGAAAUACAUGUGGAAGUCUGGAAUCCAGGAGCGACGGCUUGGUGUGAGAGGAAUGGCGUGCAGCGCUGCUCUUUGAGUUCGCCUCGUCCUCCCACACUUUGAAAGCCCCCGGUGGAGAAGUUGUUCUGGGUUUGAAGCAGCUGUGUGCCCACACUGUUUGCAGCCCUCUAUAGGCGUCUCCACUGCAGGACUUCUGCAUUUGUUUGCAUCCGUUGACAGUGAGACCGCAGAGGUAUGUCGUGUACGAGCUGUACAUUACAGUAAUAAAAGUUUACAAGAGCGUUGUUCUCACAGAGAAACUCUUGAGAUGCUUCAGGUAUGAACGCCGCGAGUGUGAAUCCUAUUUCAACAUUUGAUCCAGAGACAGAAACACCAAUGACUUUUUUUUAUCACUUUCUUUCAUUAACCCAAUCACUGUUGUUCUUUUCUGACAGUUUUAUGUUGGUCGACAGCAGCCGUUUGUGUAGCUGCUGCUUUGUGUGUGUGUGUGUGUGUGUGUAUAUAUAUAUAUAUAUAAGUGACUUCCUCACAGACACUUGAGAUGAAAACAUGACGCUGAAGCCUUAGCCACUUGUGGUUUGCAUUUAAUGCUCUUAGCAUGCGAGUGUGUAUGCCUCGAUCAAAGAUGAUGAAGUGCUCUUUACGCUAGUGUUUUUUUUUUCCAUGACUGUGUGAGGAGUUACUGCUCCCUGCUGGGGCAAAAAGACAUCACACUGUUACUGAAAAGAGAAGACACUGGCUUCUUUCUCAUCAACCACGUGCUCAGAGGUCUCCUGCUGAUCUUAUCAGUUUGACCCGAUACAGUUAUUUGUAAAUCCUGCCACCAGUUAAAUGCUCUUUUGGUAUGAAAUAUUUUUUUUUAAAUUCUGUACACAAUCACAUAUCUGCAUUUUGAUUGCCAGCUGCAACG